UGCCGGCCGGGGGCGGCACCGGCGCCAUUUCCGCGCGGCGGGGGCGGAGCGGGCCGGGCCGGGCCGGGGCGGGCGAUGGCGGCGGCGGCGGAAGCGCUGCCCGCGGCCCGCCUGGAGAGCGUGCGGGCGCUGGCGGCUCUGCUGCGGGAGGCGCAGCCCAGAGAAACAGCAGAAGAAAGUGUAUUCCGGGAUGUCCUGGAAAUCCUGACAGGUGCCUCAGGUGCCCUUGAGCAGGCCUGUCAGGGCUGCUGUGGCCUGGCAGAGCUGGACACCUGCCUGCUGCUCACAACAGAGUGCUUCAGGUGCCUGAGGAACGCCUGCGUUGAGUGUGCCAAGAAUCAGCACGUCCUGAGGAACUUGGGUCUCAUUUCUGCAUCAGUCCAUCUGAUAAAGUUGCUUCAUGGAAUCCAAAUCAAAGAAGAAUUGUUACUGACAGCUCUUCGUUGUAGUCUCCAGUUUCUUGGAAACAUUGCAGCAGGAAAUGGAGAUUCCCAGAAUAGCAUUUGGAAUUGUGCUUUCCCAGAUCUCUUCUUGACAUGCCUGACAUACAGUGAUGAGAAAAUUGUCACCUAUUGCUGCAUGGUCCUGUUCACCUGCCUGAAUUCAGAGCGAGUGAGAGAACUGCUGGACCCUGGGAACUUGGCUGUGGCUCUUCAUGUCCUGAGAGUCUACAGAGAACACUUGGAUUCUGAGUGGUCGUUCCUGAUUGUUACAGAACAUUUGCUGAAAUGUCCAGAGCUGGUAAAAGCCCUCUAUGCCAAACUGAGCAAUCAAGAAAGAGUUACUUUGUUAGAGCUGAUGAUGGUGAAAGUAAGUGACAAGGACUCACUUACCAGUGAAGAAAUCACCGUGUUUGUGAGACAUGCUGAGUUCCUUGCAGCCUGUUUCCAGGAGAAGUGUGGAGCUGUGCUCAAGUUGACUGCUGCAGCAGACGCAGAGGAUGAGGAAGCACUGGUGACAAUUCGUCUUCUGGAUGUUCUUUGUGAAAUGACCUCGAGCAAGGGCCAGCUGGAACAUCUGCAGGCAUUCCCUGGUUUGCUUGAAACAGCUGUAGAUACCCUGAGAUUAACUCACCUUGCUGGGAAACAGGCUGUCAAUAUUUUCACUGCCACACAUGCUGUGACAGGGCAGGAGGAAAUUUCACAUCCAGCCGUGGGUUUCAAAUCUCAUCUGAUUCGUUUGAUUGGAAAUCUGUGUUACAAGAAUAAGGAAAACCAAGACAAGGUGUAUGACUUGGAUGGCAUUUCCUUGAUUCUGGACAAUUGCAGCAUUGAUGACAACAAUCCUUUCGUGAGCCAGUGGGCGGUUUACGCGAUCCGGAACCUCACUGAGCACAACGAGCGGAACCAGGCGCUGAUCGCGCGGCUGGAGCACAAGGGGCUGGCAGACAGCUCUGCCCUCGAGAGGAUGGGCUUGGAGAUACAGCAGCGAGAUGACAAGUUAAUGCUGCGGUCAGUCAGGAAAAAGCCCUCCUGAGCAGAAAUAUUAGCCGUAGUUAAAUCACUAAAAGGGUGUUUCUCCUGUAAAAUACUUCCCCUUGCUCAGCAACCAAUUUUUUCCAUUUUAGUGCCAGCCUGUUGAAAAUGUUGUG